AUGGCAACGACCCAACGCCCUGUGGGUCUUCUUUUCGAUAUUGGUGGAGUGUGUGUCGUAUCUCCAUUCCAAGCUAUUCUUGACUAUGAACUAUCACAGACAAUUCCCUCGGGAUGGGUGAAUUUCAGCAUAUCGCGCACUAAGCCCAACGGUAGCUGGCAUCAGCUGGAACGUGGCGAUAUCCCCAUGGAUGCCAAAUUCUUUGCUGGCUUCAACCAGGAUUUACGCAAUCCAAUACUAUGGAAGGAAUUCCAUGAGCAACUACAUAAGAAGAAAGGCGCCAGCGGUCCAGUCACAGUCCCGCCACUCCCGACCGUGGAUGCUGAGUGGCUCUUCUGGGAGAUGAUGAGGAUAUCUCGUACCCCCGAUCCUUACAUGUUCCCAGCGCUGCAAAAGUUACGAGCGUCUGGUAAAUAUCUUCUGGGCGCUUUGUCAAAUACUGUCAAGUUUCCCGAUGGCCACCCGUACAAUGAUGAUGCAUCCGGGGUGAAGUCUCUGUUUGACUUUUUCAUUUCCUCUGCGCAUACGGGGCUUCGCAAGCCUGAUCCCCGUAUCUAUGAGGUUGCGAUUCAGGAGAUGAAUGCUUUGGCGCGGAGGCGGGGGCUUCCUGCUGUACAAGCGUCGGAUAUCGUCUUCUUUGACGACAUUGGCGAAAACUGUAAAGCAGCCAAAAAUGCUGGCAUUCGUACGGUCAAGGUUACCCUGGGGAAGACUGAAGAUGCAGUAAAGGAGUUGGAGAGGAUUACUGGGCUCACAUUACUUGAGGGUGAUAAGGCCAAACUAUAG